AUAUCUGGAGCCUACAGCAUCUUGAGUGAUUAGUAAAAGUGUGUUUUAUUUGCAAGGACAAGGGGACUGGUGAAAAUAGUCAAGUUAGAGAGACACAUCUGUGAGUGAUAUCUUAGUAUAAUCUCGAGAUACCUGUAUAUUACAUUUGUAACUCACUGUCAGUCGAGAUACAUUGGUGGAAAGAAACAUCAAUACAUUAUUGCUAUCCAACCUUUUGAGAGUCUCUUAUUGUAUAUAGGUAUAUGAAAGCCUGGUCCUGGAAUUAAUAGGCAAAUGGAUCAUCUCCUCUUGUCAGGCUGCAGUUGAUUUAGUUGUCCCAGAGAUCAGACUGCUUUGACCAGGGAGGACCCCAGUGUUCCUCCAUUUUUACUUUGUUUUUUUACCGUGACAUGGCCAGUGAGAAAAAGAUGGUCCUCAAUGACAGUGUCCCAGUCAGUUUGCUGACCGUUCGCAUGAUCAUGCAAGGAAAGGAGGUUGGGAGUAUAAUUGGAAAGAAAGGAGAUAAUAUCAAGAAGUUUAGGGAAGAUAGUGGUGCUAAGAUAAACAUAUCAGAUGGCUCUUGUCCAGAACGAAUCGUCACAGUCACAGGAACAACGGAAUGUAUUCACAAGGCGUUCACAAUGAUAUGUAAAAAGUUCGAAGAAGACCUACAGAACACCCCCACAGUGCCUAAACCUCCCGUCACACUGCGAUUGGUGGUUCCUGCGAGCCAGUGUGGCUCCCUCAUAGGAAAAGGGGGAUCCAAAAUCAAGGAAAUUCGGGAAACUACGGGUGCUUCAAUACAGGUAGCAUCAGAGAUGCUUCCUAAUUCCACAGAAAGGGCAGUAACUGUGUCGGGCACAGCGGACGCCAUCACACUCUGUAUACAGAAUAUCUGUGGCAUCAUGAUGGAGUCCCCUCCCAAAGGAGCAACUAUCCAAUACCGUCCAAAACCUGUGGUCCCUCCGGUCAUUUUUGCUGGGGGUCAGGCAUACACUGUUCCUGGACAGAUACAAGGGGUUCAAGCCACUGAGAAAGAAAGACUUGGAAUUCCGAAAGUGGAGUUAUCCAAGUUGCAUCAACUGUCACUGGGACAGCCCAUUCCUAUUAUUCCUUGUACAUCACCACAGCUAAUUCCAGCCACAAUGCCAGGGUUACCCCACAUGGCUGCUGCGUAUCCCAGGGCAACCAACACGAUGCCACAGGCACUUCCUGCUCAGCCACAACAGCAGCAGACGACAACAGAAAUGGCGAUUCCAAACGACCUCAUAGGCUGUAUAAUAGGCAGGGGUGGACAGAAAAUUAAUGAGAUUAGACAAAUGUCAGGUGCUAUGAUUAAAAUUUCCAAUGCGGAGGAUGGGGCUCCAGAUAGAAAAGUGACGAUUACAGGGACACCAGAAACGAUUGGUCUAGCUCAGUACCUGAUCAACACCAGCAUGGAAUUGCAUAAGACUCUGACCCUUGACCCGAGUUCAUCGACCCAAAAUACUACCCCGACCUUGACCUCUGUUCAAUCCCAACAUGCACCUAUGGCAAUUCCAAUCAAUCAACUGGCGAUGAAGCCGAUACCAUUUGUCGGAUAUAAUGGACUUAGUGGAAUUGCUGGAAUAAAUGGAUUAAACGGGAUAAAUGGACUAAAUGGACUUAAUGUUCCAGUUAUUGACAGUAUGGCGGCAGCCAGUCAGAAAAAUUUAACAACUAAAAUGCGGGUCGGUCUGACCUCCGUUAGAGCGGACCCCAAGUUCUCCCCGUACUAAAGAGAUGGGCUGUCGGGGGUUGGUGUACUUAUGUUGAACUAUAUGUUAACAUUUAUUUUUUCCUUCAUCCAUUUUUUAAAGCAAAGUUGUUAUGUCUAAAGCUUUACAGCAUCAGAUUUCCGCACUUUUAAUGCCAAAAAAUUUUCAUUUUUCCCCUCAUUGGUUUCAGUGUUUUCGUAUGUGUAGCCUUUUUUGUUUCAAUGUAAUUUUAGAAAAUUUUCCAUUAGAGAUGCACCACAUAUCGAAAACACAUAUCAUAAGGAUAAUACAUUAGACUAGGCCAGCAAGCACUGAUUUUCAUUUAAACAGUGGCAGCAAUUGCAUUGCAUUAGUUUCUAGUUUCAAAAUAUAUUUAAUUUCAAUUUUUUAAAAAAUAUUCAAUCAUGAAUUGAAUGGCUGCUCACUGGCCAAACAUUUAAGUGCAUUUCAUGUAAAUAAAUAAAAUGUGAUAAAAUUUGAUUUUUUAAAGAAAGAUAUCACUUUGUUAAUAUAUUUGUAAUUAAAUGAAACAAUGAAAUAAACCAAUAAUUUACUUUUUGGAAUAUGUCUAUAUUUUGCUAUCUUACCAAUUAUUUUCUUGAAAAGUGAUAGAAAAUUUGUUAAAUUUUUGGAUGAUGUUGAUAUAUAUUUUCUAGCUUUUUCUAUGGUUCAACUACAAUAUAUCUGUGUUUUUUUAACGUAGGUCUUUUAAUGCCCAGAUGAUAUUUUCCUUGUUAUAAAUUGCUAAAGGAUAUGUGUCUCACCUUUAGAGAAAUCCAUGCAUUGAAUUUUGUGCAAAAAAUUUACUGGUUAAAAUUGGUGAUUAAAGUCGCAAUUGUCCCUGAUUUUUUUCUUUUUUUUUUUAAAUCUGAUUUUUUUCCCCAGGAGAAAUUGAAUUUCAAGGAGAAUUUUGUGGUUUUAUCUUAUAAGUAUUGUAGAAACUUGUAGUUUGUUGUGUUAAUAUUUAUGAUUUUAUACAUUUGUUGAAAUAUUACCAAUUAUGUAUAAACUUAAAUCAUGAAUGCAUAGUGUUCAGAUAUUUAUUGUGUUUUUUUUUGUGUGAAGCCAAAAUAUGGGUCUUUGAAGAGGGUACUUAAAAUGCACCCCCACCACCCAAACUCGUUUUUCAUGAGAGUGCUUAGUUAGUUUUCCUAUGAUAUGAAAACCACUUGUUAAAUCACAGAGAUAUUCUGUUUAUUAAUUAUGUAAUGUUGUUGAUUUUGUUUAUUGUAAGAAGGUUGAGCCCCAGAAGUUUUGAUUUUCAUAAUUGUAGACUUUUUGAUUGCUUGUCAUAAUUUUGUUGUACAUUAUUUAUGGGUUAUUCUUGCCAUGAAGGUUGUAUAGUAAGAUAAUCUUAACAUUGCAUUUGUGGUUGUCUCAUGAUUCUAAAAACUUGCUGUGCAGUUAUGGUGAUAAGGUAAAUUAAGAUGUUUUUGUAAAAAAAAGGAAAUUGAAGUCCAUGUGUAAAGUCAGCAGCUGACAUCGUGCUUACCUAGGUUUGUAUAUCACGUGUGAGAACAGGUCACCUGUACAUUCCAAUAGAGCAAAUAUAGCCCAAGUAUUGUUUUUAUCUCAGAAAGAAUGACUGUGGUCCUUAAUUGAGCUUGUAACAUCCCCCUUUUUUUGUCCCAGUUUAAUUUAUUCUUGCAGGCUUUCAGCAAGAUUUAAAAUAAAAUAAAUUUAUUCAGAGUUGCUGGCAACAAAUUGAAAUUAUUUAUCUAUACUGAAAAAUUUAAUGAAAGGAAAUUGAUCACUUAUAUCGGGUUAAGGGAGGGUAACUUAUGUGUUGAUUUUUUGACAAAUGUCUCUUUUUAUUGUAUCCUUUAAUUUUAAGGGUCACACUUUAGGUUAAGUCCCAUUUUGUCAUGUUUUCAAUCAGUGAUUUGCAAUAUAUAUAUAUAUAAGUCAAUUGUUUGAAGUGUAUAUAUGUGGAGGGUUCUACCAUAUUUAAAAUAAAUACCUCAAGCAGGGUACACGUAAUAAAUGGAACGCUAAGCAGGCAGGAAAAAAAAUCACGAAAAUUCAGUUACUAGUUCACAAAUCUAUCUAGUCAAACUCUCACCUACGUGAGCUCAUAUUCCCGACAUUUUGUUUUUAUCAUCGCUGACUGUGAUAAAUUCAUUUUGAUUUUUUGUUUUGCUUCACUCAGAAAAUUGCUCGCUUGGUAUUUCAUUUACUGCGUGUACGCUAAACUAUUAAAACUGUAAAGGUGAAUCCUUAUAGAGGCAUAAUCAGUUGAUUGUUCAUAUUUUUUUUUUUGCAAUAUAUAUAUAAACCUAUAGAUAUAUAUUAUCAUGUUUGCAAUAUACAUUUAUAUUUAGAUACAUGAGUUAUUUGAGUUUCUUUGCAUAAAUGUUACAGUACAAAAAUGACUGAAAAAUUAAUUUAAAAAAAAGAUUUCAAGCUGUAAAUUACAUGAAAUAUAAAAAGAAGGUUCUCAUGUUAUGAUCGAGCCAUUGUCAUUUCUUUCUUGUUUCUGCUAGUCAUAAUUUAAAUUUUUUAGGCAAAUGUCAAUUCUAACAUGAGUUGAUAGAGGCAGCUUCUUUUUCAGUAAAAUCUGUCAAAGAAAUUUCUGUGUUAUGAAAUGAACUCAGUAGGAUAAAGAACUAGCAGGGAAAUGACGCUGGCUUUUGCAAUCAUUAUUAGGAAACUGCCCAGUUGAAUGCAUGCUAAUGAUGGUUCACAUGUGAAAAGUGUGCAAUUUCUUUCUUUUUUUUUACUUGAUAAUUUAUGACCAAUAAAUCUGUUUUGAAGAAUGAAA